GAAUGGCAAUGGCUGUUGCAUAGUACAGUUUUGUAUCGUUUAUUAUUAUUAUUAUUAUUAUUAUUAUUAUUAUUAUUAUUAUUAUUAUUAUUAUUAUUAUUAUUAUUAUUAUUAUUAUUAUUAAAUUUUGUGUCUCCAUUAUUCUGUAUGUGCUGCUGAAUGUUCCAGAUGCUGUGCUGGUGUCUUCCUGCUUUUCAGAACUUAGUUGUGAGACAAUUUGCUUUCAGUUUGUCUACAGAUCUCAGUUACUGCUUACUUAAAAAAACCCAAAAAACUAGUAUAUAAAUAAUUAUUAAUGUUUUUCUUCCACUUAAAUUAACUAUUUUUCUACCUGUAUUUUGCUGUGAGAGUGAGAAAUUAAUCUUCAUGCUCAAAUAUGGGUGCUUUUUGUGGUUUUGAUGAAAGCAUUGAAGCAAGAGUUGAGAGUAGAUUAAGCAAAGUAGACUACUUGAAGUAUUAGCAGUUAUGAUCUAAUCACUGCAAGUAGGGGGUAGAGGUGAUGGAUGCUAUUUGAUAGGCAAAGUGUGUGUUGGAGACAAAAGACAUUUUUCAGUUCUAGUAGGUAGAACAUUAAGCUCUUAAUAUGAAGUUGGGGGAGGGGGGCUGUUCUUGAUAAAAGGAAAGAGAGAACUUUUCUGAAGCACCACGAUUACCAGAUUUUUCCACAUUUGGAUAUAAGGGAGAGGAGAUGAGUACUCGCAAAGGGCGAAGUUGUUUAAGCUGGUAACCCAGCCAAAAGAGAAUGGGAGAAGCUCCUUGAAGGGAUGCUUGUUCAGUACUUAAGUGUUGCUGACCUCCAGGCUUGCUGACAGUUUACGUUAACGUGCUCUCUGGGAGGGAGAUGUCUCGGAUAAAGAUGUAUUUAAAAUAAAUGUGUAAUGGAAGGUGUAUGUGUGUAUGGGAAAUUGUCUAUAUGGUAACAGGACUGUUAUUGUACACCAGCUACUAUAAAGAGUACUUAGCCUUAGUAUUAUGUGCCGGUAGGAUGGCCAAGACCUGGGAGAAGUUCCCGGUAUUCCAUAGGAAGCUGAUGAAAUAGGAAGUGCAAAUCCACAGCAAAACAAAGCUGUUGGCAUGGGGAUGUAUAAACAGACUCGGGGCUGCACACGGGAAUGCUCCAAAGAAAGGGAGUGGGGAACAUAGCUGAGGGCCAGGCCCGGGUCAGAGACACAGGGCUGCUGCCAGAUCCUGGGUUACAGCACAGAACUCAGGUUUCCUGGGCUAACCAUGCAGCAAGAGCAGUUGAAAAACUGCAGGGAAAGAUGUGUGAAGGGUUUGUUGUUUUUUGUUUGCAUCAGCUUAUUUAUGUCUCAUGUUACUAUGUAAAGGCCAAGGGCAAGGUUGAGUCCCGUUGCGUGGUCAGCAUGUGAGGAGGGGCCGGAAGGGCAUGUCCGUAUACACUUUACAGUUCUGAUUCCUUCUCUAGUUCAUGCUUCUGAUAGGCAUCAUGGAGGAAGUACCACCAGUAGUUAAAAGGAAAAAUUGAUGCUUUUGAAUCUGUGAAGAGCCAGAGCUCUCCUAAUGUCUCCUUUUGGGUAUUGCUGGCACUUAGCUAGUAAUAACAAAUACCCACCUCCUUUUGGUAGGAGAAACCGCUGCCUGUGCUUUCAAUCCAGGAGAGCUCUGGCAGGGCAGGGGGAGCUGAUUGCCCGAUCCCAAGGAUCCAAACCCUGCUGCAGGUGAAGGGGGGAGCACAUCUGCUUAAACACAGAGGAUGCUGUGCUUCAAAUACUUUUAAAGGUCUCCACUGCAAAAAAUGUUUUGCCAGCAGAGAAGAAAAAGAGGACUUAAAUUGUGAACCAUGUUUUCAGAAGUGGUAAAAGCCAAUAUAACCUUCCUGAAUAAUUUGCUUAUCGUUGGAGUGUCUGUCAGCAUAGUUUACGACUGUCCUUUGCCCCCUGCCAGGUUCAGGUGUCUGAGAAUUCUGGCCACUUCUUGAAUCCUGCCCUUCCGUGAGGGGGUAGCCCCUGGAGCUUGCUGCCCUUCCCAGCAUCGCUCCUCUGGGUGUCUGAAGAGCCGGGUGCCCCUGUAAGAGGCAGCAGCUUCAGGUCGCUGUUAGCGGCAGUCAGAGGCCCCCUUGCUUUGUUGUGUGCUGGGAGCCACCAAGCUGGUGACGGUCCCCAGGCAUCUGCUUCUGUCCCUAAUACGGCCGGGCCUUAUGUCAUCCUCGUACUGAGCCUUUUAACCCCUGCCCCCAGGAGGGGGGAGUCCCGGGGCAGCAGCGGCGCUUCAAGUCGGAGCGUCUCCGGGCUGAGCCGGCGGGCGGAGGCCGGGCUGGGCGCCGGGGCCCGCUGACCUCGCGGAGGGCUCGGCGGGGGCGGGCAGGGCAGGCGGCCGGGCACCAAAAUAGGAGCCGCCGCUCCGGCCCCGCCGCCUCCCGCGGGCUGCGGCUCUUCCAAAGAUGGUCACGGGGCCGCCGCGGCCGCGCUCCGCCCGGGCGUAAGUACCGCGCCGGGGAGGCCGGGGGGCGCGGGGCGGGCCGGGAGCCGGCGGGCGGGGCGCGGACAAAGGCGCGGAGCGGCCGGAGCGGCCAGGCUGCCGGGGCGCCCGCGCGUCCGGCCAUGGCAGCGGCCGCGCAGGGGGAGUACGCGUUCCUCUACCGGGACUCCUCUCACCCCGCCGGGUUCCUGGAGGCGUUCCGGGCGUUUUACCUGGACGGGCUGUUCACCGACAUCACCCUGCAGUGCGCCUCGGGGGUCAUCUUCCACUGCCACAGAGCCGCCUUAGCGGCGUGCAGCAAUUAUUUUAAAGCCAUGUUCACAGCCGAUAUGAAAGAGAAAUCGAAAAGCCAGAUCAGACUUCCCGGGCUCAGCCAUGCUGUGCUGGAAGCCCUCGUGAAUUACGCAUACACAUCACAGAUCCAGAUAACAAAGAGGAAUGUCCAAAGCCUGCUCCAGGCGGCAGACCUUCUCCAGUUCGUGUCAGUGAAGAAAGCCUGUGAGCAGUUCCUGGUGAGGCACCUAGAUACUGACAACUGCAUAGGGAUGCACUCCUUUGCUGAGUAUCAUGAUUGCUCGGAGCUAGAAAAAGAGUCCAGGAGGAUAUUGUUAUGGCAGUUUGAAGAAGUGUGGAAGCAGGAAGAGUUUCUGGACAUUGGCAAGGAGAAGCUCUCUUUUAUUCUCGCCAGAGAGAAUCUCAAUGUUUGGAAAGAAGAGGCAGCCAUCGAAGCUGUUGUUAAGUGGGUUGCACACAACGCGGAGGAAAGAAUUGAAGACAUCUAUGAACUGCUCAGCUGCAUUAAAGUGGACUUGAAUAACAUGUAUUUGAGGUCAGCUUUAAGCCUACAAAAAAAAAGCCGACUUAAUGACAAUAAGAUAAGAUCACUCAUAUACAGCGCUCUGAACUCCAGUCCCAAAGGUCUUUCCAGAAGACCCACAGCAGCCAUGUAUGUGAUUGGAGGAUAUUAUUGGCACCCGUUAUCAGAAGUGCAUGUUUGGGAUCCUUUAACCAACACGUGGGUCCAGGGAACAGAGAUGCCGGAUCACACCAGAGAGAGCUAUGGGGUCACUAGCUUGGGACCAGACAUAUAUGUGACAGGAGGUUAUAGAACAGAGAGCAUUGAAGCCCUUGACACCGUGUGGAUAUAUAACAGUGAGAGAGAUGAGUGGACAGAAGGCUGCCCCAUGCUCGACGCGAGGUAUUACCACUGCGUGGUGACCUUGAGUGGCUGCAUCUAUGCAUUGGGUGGUUACCGAAAGGGAGCUCCAGUGCAAGAAGCUGAGUUCUAUGAUCCUUUGAAAAAGAAAUGGCUUCCUAUUGCAAACAUGAUCAAAGGUGUUGGAAAUGCCACCGCCUGUGUCCUGCAUGAAGUCAUCUAUGUAACCGGAGGUCACUAUGGGUACAGGGGAAGCUGCACCUACGAUAAAAUCCAGAGAUACCAUUCAGGUAGCAAUGAGUGGAGUAUAGUCACCACAAGUCCGCAUCCAGAAUAUGGAUUGUGUUCCAUUACGUUACAAAACAAGAUCUAUUUUGUGGGUGGACAGACCACGAUCACGGACUGCUAUGACCCCGAGCAAAAUGAGUGGAAGCAGAUGGCUCACAUGAUGGAGAGAAGGAUGGAGUGUGGCGCGGUGGUUAUGAACGGCUGCAUCUAUGUAACGGGAGGGUAUUCCUAUUCAAAAGGAACGUAUCUGCAGAGUAUUGAGAAAUACAACCCUGAAGAGAAUAAAUGGGAAGCAGUAGGUAAUCUUCCAAGCGCUAUGCGGUCACAUGGCUGUGUCUGUGUGUAUAAUGUGUAAACACUUAAUUUUCAUUUUGCUGUUACAGAAAACAGCAGAUGCAGUAUUCAUAAUAGUACUGAUUACCUCAUGAAUGAGAUGAAUCUCUUAGCACACAUCGUUAUAAACUAGGUAUAAUUUGUCUUUAUUUUGAACAAUUCAGGAAUAUAAAUGCGGUAACAAGAUUUAAAAUGACUCUCUUAUAAUACUUUGUGCAGCUAUAUAGGAACCACUGUGAAAAACAGAUUUGUUUUCAUUAAUCACUGGGUGGAACUAUGAUCUGGUGCUAAGGUGAGUAAAGCCAAUCAAAAUCCUCUGCAUUUCUACGGUCUACUGGGUUUAAGAUGAAAUCUUUGAUACCCCGAAGUUAGCUAUAGAAAUGCUGCAUUGCCACAAGCUAAGCUUGUUGUACCUUUAGAGGAAUUUCACUUGGAUAACUAGGCCAUCACACCCAGAAAUCAUGGGCAGUUCUUCAAUGCCUCUAUCUCUGCCUUCAGGUGCCAGAGCGGAGAAAGAGCACGGGCUCUGAGGGGAAAAGUGCCACACAGUAGCCCCAAAGCACAAGCCGAAAGUGAGCGCUGGUUUGCCAGAAGGAGAACAGUGCUCUGCAGCCCACGAGAAACAAAAAAAGGCUCUGCCUGGCUUUGCAAUGGGCUCUUUGGCCGAUGCACAAGUAUUGGUGAUUUUUUUUCAGAGGAGAGCCUUAACAUGGUAACUGUUUUUUUUUCAUAAAAUUUAAGAAGUGUGUCUUUGUGGAAUGGAAUGAGAGAGACUGGAAAGUUGCUAACGUCCCUCCAAUAUACAAACAUCUCUAUUUUGUUUAACACCAUCUGGUCUUUUCUAAAAGUGCUAAACUGUGACUUGAGCAAAGGUGACAACUGGAGAAACGUAUCAAAAUAUGUUCUGCAUGGAGAAAUUGAAUGCUGACUGGUCCAAUGGACUUAUUUAUUAUUUCUCUCAUAAUGUAAUAUGAGAUCUUCAAAUUCUGUCAAGAAAGCAACUUGAGCUGGGCAGGAAGGGAAUAAGUUUGUCACCUCUUCACUGGGAGACUCCAGCAGGCGGCUCCCAGCGCAGCGUGGCAGUGCCAGCGCUGGCAGAGCAGAACCCAUAUGCAGUAUUUGAAUAGCAGAUGUUUUGGCCCUGCCAUCCCCAGCCUUCUCAUCACCAGCCCUUGUUCUGCAUCCUGCCACGCAGGUAGCAAUACAAAUGCAUUUGAUUGGAUCAGUAGUGCAGUGACUUCUUAGGAUUUGUUUUCUCCUUGUAGCUUGUAUAGACAAUGUAACAUGGGGGCUUCUUGUUAGCUGGGUUCCCUGAGGGAGCAAGGGAAAAACUAUUGUCUUUCUGUGCGUGUGUCAGCUCCCCUCUAAUGCUGGACUCACUUCUCUGGGUUAUGUUCUACAGAGAGGUAUAGGCCUUAAAAAUGGACACUUUUUUGAGGUUUAAUGAAAAUCAGUGAGAGGGCAGAAGGGGAAAAAAGAGGGACUGAAGGAAGCACGUAAGUUGUGUGGAAGGUCCAUGGUGGCAAAGCCUCCUCAGUGCUGAGGAGGUGGCUGUGAAGAGCGUUUCUGCUCCUGCCUUUGCUGCCCCUCAGCUGGUCCUGCUUCAGCUGCUGUGGGCCUGCCGGGUCUGAUAGCAGUGAUCCAAAUAAAUGAAUGCCUUGGGGAGCAGAGAGGCUCUUUUAGCCCACAUCAGUUCCCCAGUCCAGCUCCUAAAAUGACAGCAGAAACAGCUGUCACACAUGAGCAUGGGAGGCAGGGACAACAGGGCUGCUGCAGCGUGUCGUGGAAACUGCCUACACCAGCACCUCUGCCUAAAAUGGAAUUUGGGGUUUAUUGGAUUUACCAGAUGUGAUUAAAGCAGCUUUCCAAGCAGGUAAGCCCUGAGUUUAUGAUUGUUCUAGUUCAUAAGCAUUUUCAACAUUUUUUUGCUUUCAUAUUUUUAUGUUAUUUCUGACCUGCAUUUGACUGCUGGUAGCAGGUGGCCAUCAACUCUGAGCUUUGAUGUGAAGUUGUGUGCUGUGUAUAUAGUUCUUGUUUUGACGUCUUUGUGUGUCACCUUACUAUGGCAGAGGCCCAUGUGUGUGUAGGUUCAGUGUUUUGCUUUGUUAUCCAUCCCACUGAGAGCUAUUUAAGGAUCCGAUGUAAUUUGUUUGAGGACUAAACUGUGAAGAGGCGUGGGGAGUUGAACUCUGAUGCUGUUUGAAAGGCGCAGGCUGGGCAAGUGGGUGAAAGAAAAAAGUUUCUCCUGGAAAUCUCCACAGCUGAGAACUGUUCAGAGGCAGGUGGAGAUUUAAAGGACAGUAUUGCAAAAGCAUGAAGGUGAUCUUUGUAUUGAACGAAACUGCGGUGAAGUCAACACAUAUAUGUAAUUAUUCAGUGCAAAAUACGUACCUGUGGAGCUUCAUGUUUGUUGAAAAACAUGAGCACAGAACAGCAGCUUGUGUCUGGCCCUAAGGUUCCUUUGGCCUGUGUUCUUUCACAGCUGUGAGUCAGUGAAAAUCGGCCAGAAUGAGGUAGGGACUACCGAAGCGCCGCCCCGUCUGUUGCGUCUAAACCAGCUGCUUCACGCGGGUGAAGGUCAGCGCUGCGCCAGGGCUGGAGCCCUGGAACCCAGAGCCCCCUUUCCCCCUGGGCAGCCUGCAGGUGAGCGAGUCGCUGCUGCUCGGCCCAUUGCAAAGUGGAAAAAAGCCUUUAGAGAGGACUUGCUGAUCUGGCACAAGCAGAAGUCAGUGACAUUACUGACUGGGGUCUCAGAUAAAUCCUGACUUGUUAGAGAUUUUUGAAUGCCUUAAGUGGAGUGUUGCAGUUCAGACUUGUUAAAUUUUAACUGGUGCUAUUUUUUACAGUAACCGAUGGUGCCCUUUAGAUUCGGUCGUGUCUGUAGCGCAUCCCAAGAAGGCGUGUAGCGAUGGGUGCUGAGCACCGCAGGGGUCUGGGCUCAGCGGAGGAACAGGGCUCUGGCUCCAGGUCAGCGACUCGUGCGGCCCGCGGAGGUGGAAAGCUCAGAGCUGGGACCUGCCAGCCAUCUGCGCGAGACGUUUUCAGUAACACCAGUUGAACACUGAAUUAUUGUGCUGUCGGACCUGUAUUACGUUAAACACCAUUCUACUGUUUCACUUGUAAACUAGAAAAUGAACAUACAGAAGUCGAAUCAGUUGUUAAGUCAGGACUAUUUAUUAAGGUUUUUACUUGUGUGAUCCUUGUUUGUAGCGCUGUAGAUGUCUACAGCACAUCUAUAAUACCUCGGUGAAUGUUUGUAAUAUUUAAUAAAAGUACAAAUAGCAUCACUAUACCAA